GUCGAAUCCAGUUAAAACAUACAAGCACUUUUCUAUAAUAAAAGAUAAGAGCAUCAAGGUGAAGGUGAACUUGCACCGUUUGUCGUUCUCAAGAUAUAACUAACUAACUAACCAGGCGUCUGUGUGUACAUGGACUGGGGCUCCUAAAUAUCUAAAGCACAUGAGAGAUGGCAGAUCACAAAAUUGGGAGGAACUAAAGGAACACACAGAAAGUGAAUCAUAUGAGUGAAUUACCAAUCUGAUUUCAUCAACAUAUGUAGUGUAAGUACAUUUUCCAGACCAUUUAAUUCAAUUAUUGAAAUUGAGACUUGUGUGUUUCUGAUGCAUGUCAUGAGCUAAAAUCAAGCUGCUAUCUUUUAUAGUAAACAAGAGAGAAACUACAUUUUGUUUGACUUUCAAACCGCUUUGGAGAACACAUUGAUUUAGAGGCUGACAUGGCGUUAGCAGGUCUGGAGUUGAUGGGGUUCUUUUUGGGCAUAUUUGGCAUGCUGGGGACCCUGGUAGCCACUCUUCUACCUUACUGGGCAACUUCAGCCUACAUCGGUCCCAACAUCGUGACAGCGGUGGUCAACAUGAAAGGUCUUUGGAUGGAAUGCGUGUACCAGAGCACUGGCGCCUUUCAAUGCGAGACGUACAACACGAUGCUGGGGCUCACCACUGAUCUACAGGCAGCCCGAGCUAUGAUGGUCAUCUCCUCAAUAUUUUCAGUUCUAGCUUGUGUGGUGUCCACCAUCGGCAUGCAGUGCACUACAUGUAUGAACGGUUCUUCAGCCAAAUCCAAAGUGGCUGGGGUGGGUGGCUCCCUGUUUCUCCUGGCAGGGUUUAUGUCUUUGAUUCCCGUAUCUUGGAAGACCCAUGAGGUGGUGCAGACCUUCUACAGCACCUUGCCAGCCAGUCUCAAGUUUGAAAUAGGUGAUUGUCUGUAUGUAGGACUGGCUUCGUCGCUCAUGUCCAUGUUAGGUGGAGGGCUGUUGAGUGCGUCUUUUUGCGACGACUCAGAUCGUAGCGGGGGUACCAGGCACACUUACCCCUACCCUGACCGCACUGGCAUGGGGCGCAUGCCACGGGGAACACCCCAUUCCAUGCCCUUCCAUCCAGUCACUCUACAAAAAGCGGCGAACUCUGUACCUGCCAACAAGAACCAGACAUUGAACAGUCACACCAGCACCAGUACCCAUUCAACUAUGCCAGCCCUGGAUUCCAGAAAAUCGACAGCGGCUGGGUAUGACGUCACAGGUUACGUGUGAGGAUUUGUGUGAUACUGCAAAUCUGUGCUUUUGGUUUGUACCAUUUCAAGUGGUUAUUACUUGAACCAAUAAAGACUCUUCUAACAAGUAAGAUGGAUUUGGCACAAGCAGAAUACUGAACAGCUGACAGAGCAAAUGCCUCCAUUUGAACUAAAAUGAGACACACAAAAAUAUAUUUUUCUCCAAACGGACCAAAAGUUGGUCGUUUUUGGAGGUUCAAAAUUCAAAACAAACACAUGGAU